AUGAUUUCACAAAAAAGGCUCUCCAGAGGUUUAGAAAAGCCUGUUGAUGGUGAAGCUGUGAAAGCUGCGUCUGUCAUUGGCAAGGCAAUGAAUCAUAAUGGGAAAGUUCUUGGUCAGAACAAUCAUUUUCGUGCGCCUGCAUCAAGAAGUGGUAGUCUGAUGGGAAAUAGUAAUAAUAGCAACAAUAACCAGGUAAGGAGGACUUUUUCAAUGACAGGUUCCAGACAGAGUUCAUUGAGAAGUCCCAGUAUGAAUAGUUCCAGUGGUGCCGUUAGAACUAGAUCAGUGAUGAGAAGUGAUCCAAGACAGAAGGAUACAGGUGUGUCAAGGAGUUACUCACUAACGGUCCCCAAGAGAAACGUAACGCAACAAGACGCUCAAAGUGCUUUUGAUGAGUUUGGGGGUCCUCAACAUCGGGGCGUUAUCCACAGGAGUCCUUCGGUAUCAUCAAUCCCUAAAGGUGCCAAAACUGUAAGAAAAUAUGUCCCCAGUGCUAAAGGUUUAAUUGCCAUCGAUGUUCCUGUGGAAGAAGCACAACAGCAAGAACAAUUGGCGCAGCAGCAAAUACAGAGAAACAGAUCACUCACAAGAUCAAAUUCAAGAAAUUAUUCAUUAACUAAAAAUAACUCGAGAACAAAUUCUUUAACUGGUAGCCGUACCAAUUCUUUAACAGGACCAAGAUCUGUAUCUUUAAACAGUGCACGUACAAAUUCAAUAAGAAGAAGUUCCAGUAGAACCUCUUCGUUAACAGGUUCAAAACCAAAUUUACAACCUCCAAAAAGGUAUAGCUCUUUAACGAGCGCUUCUCUGGUUAAUGGAUCAAGAAGAGACCAAUUCAUGUCAACACCUUUAGAAGAGGAGGAAGAGGAUGUUAAACCACCAGUUAGAACACAAACCAAACCUGGACAAACCAAGCCUGGGCAAAUGAACCCUGGACAAACCAAGCCUGGGCAAAUGAACCCUGGACAAACCAAAUUUGGACAAACCAAGCCUGGGCAGACCAAAACUGGACAAACCAAAUUUGGACAAACCGUUAGCGGUAAUUCCACUGUCUCUCCUAGGACCGUUACUACUAAAACUGUUUCAAAGAAACCAUUAGGUGCACCUGAACCCUCAGGAAGGGCUAAGACAAUACCAACUGUGAAAAAUAAGGUACCUACUACUGUACAUUCGACUGAAAGGGCACCACUACAUAAACCAUUAUCAUCAUCGUCACCACCAGCUUCUGAGACUUCUGACUUAUCAAUGAAUCACCAUGAGAAAGAGUCACAUGAACAAGCAGGAGAGAGUCAAGACACUAUCUUGGAAGAUGAAAGGGAGGACCAUUACGAUGAUUCAGGUAAUCGGUUGUGGGAUGACAAGUUAGAGAAUGUGAUAAAACAAGGCUUUGAAGAUGGACCACAACAGGCUACUUCUACUUCAACUCCUGUUUCAUCUCCAACUCCUGUUGAGAAUUCCAAACCUAGCAUUUUACCAAGUGCCCCAGCUGAAGAACAUGCAAAACAACCAAUACCACAAGAGUUACAACAACCAAUGGAAGAGAAGGCUCCUGUUACAAAGGGGAGAGAAGACGAAAGCAGAAAAGAAAACGAAAAUGAUGAAGAUUAUAAACCUCAGGAGCACAAGAAUCUGGAUGAACCCAAGCCUCAAGGGAAUCACAGAGAGGAUUCAUCUAACCGAGAAGAAAUUCAUGAUCAGUCAGAAAAAACGCCUGCAGUAACAGUGGGUCAGGUCAACGAUAAAACAACAGCAGUAUCGCAACCACCUGUUAAUGAGUCUUCUCAGAAUCGUCUAAAAGAUUACUUACAAGGGGAAGAUGAACAAUUAGAAAAUAGUGGAAUUGAAUCUGUUGCUAGUGAUCAAAAUCCUAAUGAAAGCCUUGUACAACCUUUGAAGAUUUCAUCUCGUGAGUCUCCACAGGCGGAUACCUCGACUUCUGCUCAAGAGGACGAGUUGGCUAAAGAAGUACGUCAAGAAUUAGAUAUCAUGGGUCAUAACAGCAGCAACGAUAAUAGCGAUCAAAAUUCCGAUGACUUGUUUGUUGAUUCCAGAGAAGAUAUUUUAGACGACUUUGACGCCAAUGGCAACCAAGCUGGUCGUAAGGUUCCAUCUUUGCCCGAACGCAACCCAAAGCGUGGAAAUGGUAACAAGGCACAAGCCGAUGGUGGUGUAUUGAAGACAACUUCUCCCAUCAAGUCAGCUCUCAAAAAGACUACUUCUGAAAAUUCUAAUCCAUCCAUGUAUACUGAAUCCUCGCCAGCUAAUCAAGCUUACUUGUCGUUAACCACAGCAGAAAAUACUAGGUUAAAUGCUCAGUUGACAGGUAGCGAUACGAUACCACGCAAGUCUUCUUUGAAAUCCAUUAACCGUUCCAGGACGAUGCUAAACAAUAGAGCUACUCAUUCCUUAUCUCCGCCACCAAGGGAAGCCUUGGUUCCCAAACGUCAUUCUCAUCAUGUGGGGAAUAAGACUUCAGCAGACAGGAAAGCGACAGGUACCCCACCAGCACGUUCUAGAAACUCUAUGCUCAACGCACCAUCAAGAAGCCAAAAACCACUUAAGGGGGAAUCGUCUAAUUCUGCGGCCAAAUCCAAGUUGAAUAACCCAAUUUUAUAUCCAAGAGAGCCGCCACAGAAGAGAUCUAGUUUCGAGAAAACAAGAAAUAAGGAUAACAAUGUUGGCAUGAGCAAAUUGUCUUUGAGGGAUGGUGCAUUGUUGGAAAAUAACUACCAGCAAAGUUCUCUAGAUAAUCAUUUCAGAGGUGCUACCGCUGCUCCUUCAGUACCUUCGAGUGGCACUGAAAAUGGUAAUAGUACAGCAUUAUUUUCUUCUAGUGGAUUUAAAUCGAGAUUCCAAGACUCAGAUUCUGAAGAUGAAGGUUUACCUGUUAACGGUGUUGGUGGUAAACCUGACCAACAGGCUAAUGCAACUAACAGUAAUGGAAAUGGAUUUUCACUUUUCAAACAUAAGGAUAGCGGUGAAUCUGAAGGAUUCGGUAAAAAAUUGGGUAAACUCUCAUUGAAAUCUUCCAAUGGAUCCGACCAGGGUGUAGAUUAUUCCACAACCAAGAGAUUUGGUAAUGGUGGAGGUGUCGAGAGUAAAGUAAGGACUUUGAGAGAUGAGAUACCCGCGGAUAAUGAACUAGCAGAUGGUGGUAAGAAGAACGCAUUUGGUAAAAAACUGAAAAAGUUGUUUGGAAGACAUAAGUAA